UUGGCUGUGUACAAAUUAGUGAAGAAGGAAGCUGGUGGCACCUACAAAUUUGUCCAUGUAGAAAAUGUGUCGUUCCCAUCCCCACAUACACUGGAUAUCUCUCACUGCGGUAUAUCAUCUACAGGAAAGUAUCUAAUGUCUGCUUCGCCUGAUAUGAAGAUCGUGCUGUACGAUAUCCACGGAAACAUUUUAAAGAUUUUGGAACCAAAGGUUACUUUCAAUCGCGAGGGAGUUUUCCAAGAUGCAAAGAAAGCGUUUAAUCUUACGGACCACCAUUCUGGUGUCUUUUCCGUAGCUUUCAAUUCUAACGCGUCUCGAGCUGUCACCGUGUCUCGCGACGGAUUUUGGCGAGUUUUUGAUACGGAUAUUAGGUACAACGCAGGACAAGAAACCCAAGUUAUAAACAAAGGCGAAUGGGCUGCUUUGAAAGGAGCCAGUGCCGACAGAGUGCGUUUGGCGAUGAGUCCUUCAGGUGGAAGCUUUGCGGUUGCUUGUGGCUCCACUUUGAAAGUGUUCAGCAGUGAAGAUGCCAAUGAAGACUUUCUUGAAUUACCCGAAGUUCACGGUGAUCAGCGCAUCCAAGUUAUUCGGUACUCUCCGGACGGUCGACUUAUCGCGACAUGUGGCGAUCGCUACGUUCGCGUCUUCCGUAACAUUCCAGAGUAUCAUAGCCAAGUAAUUCGACUCGGGAAGAACAUAAAAGAAGUAACUGGAGACGCUCCCAAAAGACGACUUCAAGAACAGAUAGACGAAGCGAAGAAAUAUUUGGAAAAUUACUCCCUUUAGGC